ACAAAGGUGUCAAAGGUAAAUAAAAGAUAAAAAUGCGUUUUUCUCGAUAAUUAUCUAUUAAAAUGAAGUUAAUUAGUCUCACGCCCUUUAGUACUGUGUCAUUGUGUGAAUUUAAUAUAAAUAGAAGUAAAAAAACGUUUCAACGAAAUGUAGAAUUUGUGCUAUUACUAAUUUUACCAUAAAUAAAAUAAAAUCCAUCAUGGAUACAACAACCGCAAGUUACUUCGAGGAAGAGGUCUCGAUGACCAAUGUGUCGUCGAACCAACACGUCAACCUGGAGAACUUGAAGAUGGACUCCAAUUUUGCCAUGUUGCUCUGCAGCCUGGUAUUCGCUGUUUCUUGGGUCAUAUACAUAACAUUCUACAACUCCAGGGUGGUGGGCUAUAUCAUAACGAAAAUAGUCAACAAGUUUUUUAUCAGCGAAGGUUUCUUCAAAAUAGGUUCCCUAACCAUGAACGCUCUCUCCGGUAAAAUAAUGUUUCGUGACGUGAUAUACAUAACGCAGGACUAUGCUGCAAGGGUUCAAGAUGGCUACUUGAUUUUUCGGUGGUGGAGAUCCUACGUUCCAAAAGACGUAAGCGAAGAUCUCUCCCAUUCUGAUACAAGACUGUCUGUAAUGCUAAAUGGAUUCGAACUACAUGUAUACAAUCGUUCCGAGAUAUACGCACGUCUGGAGAAGGUUUUUGGCCUCGGCUCAAAUAUAUUUCCCAAUAACAAUUACGAUAAUAAGGUGGCGGAAGAUAUUGAAAGGGCCGAAAAUGAAACUCAGGCCGUACAGAAAAAGUCGGGAAAGAAGCAGAAACCUGAAGCAGCUAUGGCCAAAACGUGGCGGGACCUGAUUCCGGUUAUCAAAUGUGAUAUUUCUUCUAGUCGUCUAGUCUUUGGCAACCGACUCAUACCAACGACUUUGAGUAUUACUUUUGAGGAGUCGCACUUUGUUUAUUCUACGAAACCCGCCGUUUGCACUCUAGAUAGAUUCAUGCACUUUGUGAAAUGCAAAGCUGAGAACGUUAAGGUUAUGCUUGCACCCAGCCCGAAAUAUACAGGUAUGCUCGAUGACCCUCCAAGGUACAUGGGUGAAGGUUUUGUGCUGAUGUCUUCGAACGACUUGGAAUUAUACUUUUAUAUGGACGAACCAGGGGUGGUACCAGAAGAACCGGUUCUGAUAACUCUAGCCAACGGAGAUAUCGUGGAAUCCAGUGCUCCGCAGUGGGGCGUUGACAUAAAAUGCGGGAAAGGUACAGAUUUCAGUUACGGGCCAUGGGCGGACCGCCAGAGGGAACACUUGUUCAAAUUCUUCUACCCGCAAGACUACCUGCCCAUGGAGAUCACGAAGCCGCCGAAACCGGGCGAGAAGAGGCAGAUGCAGUCGUUUGACGUACGUCUCCUCAUGCAAAACGAAGCCACUAUAGACAUCCUCUUCACGAAGGACAAAGAAACGAACGCGGUUCACGUCAAUGUGGGCGCCGGGAGUUAUCUGGAGAUUACUAUACCGUGGACAACGUUGCAGGACGGGUACACCACCAAAAUCAACGGGCAGCUGUUGCACCUUGAAGCGACCACUAGUCUGCAGUUCAGGGACUUUGUCGAGAGCGAGACUUUGGAAUUCUGCAUCCUCUGCCACUAUCCGCUGGUGUGGAAUGAUCACCAGCUUUGGGAGGUUAACCUGACGGGUUGCAAGGCUACCGUCAAUUUGAUUUUUUUCCACAAGUGGUUUUUUACAGACCUGAUCAACGAUUGGGCCUCCAAACAACGUCCCGAUUUGAUGCACUUCGUCCCCUACACCUGGCGAUUCGGGUUAACACUGAAACACUGUGAGCUCCUCACUCUAGUCAACCAGUACAACUGGAUCGAUUGCAGCAGCGUCGGCCAACGUAACAGACUCGAAAACACUCAGCUGGCGUUGUGCGCUCAUUUUUUGCAUCUAUCUUUCGACCUUCCCUUCGACGAGUUCCUACCGGAUACGGUUCCCGUCAAUUUGUCCAUACAGGGGGAGAGUAUAGACUUAAGUUUGUUUAUUCCGGAGUUCCACACGAGCCGUAACAUCGUCCUGGCUCUAGAGAAAUACGCCAAAGUACUAUCUAAAGACGGUUCCACUACCAAGAAGACCGAGGUCAUACCGAAAUGGCGUAACGUUUGUCAAAAUAGCGCCGGAUGGGUGGACUUCUGGUGGGUGCCGAUAGGCGCCAUAAACAUCGUGUACACUUACCACCCCUGCCCUCCGUUGGGUCCUAAACCGCAAGCGGACAUCUCCACGCCCGUCAAGGAGGAAAUACUCCUGUCCCCCAUGCGCUUCCCCCACCAGAGGAAGAACCGGAAACGUUCGCCCGACGGCACCCAAAAAUUCGACCCGACCAGUUUAAAAUCGGACAUGGUCAGUGUCGAGCUGGAGAUAGGACCGUCGGUCAUCCUGCUGUACGGCACUGCUCUGAAGAACUUUAUGAAUUUUAAGGAAAAUAUAUUCGGGGAAGAUCAAGUCUUCACGGACUUGCAGCAUACCACGACGACGGAGAGCAGCACGACUUCCGAAAUUAAAUCUGACGACAGUUCCGCCAACAUUCCUUUAGAGUUAAGAGACGAUUUCGACCAUCGGUAUUACAGGCCUCUGGAAGUGGACGUUUCCAUUAUCAUGCACGACGUCCAAGCGCAUUUGCUCAAGAAUUGUACAGAGAAGGAUCCGCCGUGCCCGGUGAUUCUAGUCGAGAGAGUCGGCUUCGAAAUGAAGAAAAGGUACGACCAAACCGAACUUCAACUGUUGUUAAGCCCUGCAGUGCUUCUGGUGUCCGACAACGUGAACCGUUCAUCGCGCGACAAGCAUUUGAACCAAGGAAAACUCUCUCUGUCGGCCCUUCAAAUACGGGGCCACGCCAUGUUCUCCGACGUCGGACAAUCCCUGGAUCAAGACACCGUCGAGUACGCUUGGCUCGUGGAGAUCCAACUGGGCAAACUGAGCGGGAAACUGACCACGCCACAGUUGUACUCCAUCCUAGCUUGCCUGGAGACCUUGAUCCUGCUCCUAGGAGACGAAGAAAACGAACUGAACUCUCCGAAGGACGAUAUUCUCUUGAGCCAACCCGUUACGAAGAAAAAAAGCACCCAAUCCACCCAGAACGUGCACGUCCAGCACGUGCAGCAAGCCAUACAGCAAUUGUUACAGCCGAAGAACACCGCCAACGUAUCGAGUAAGUCUGGACAGUCUGCCGGCGUCUCCAACAGCCAGAAGCAAAAUACGAAGAAUAACCUGGAGAAGAAGAAGGAGGAGGACAAGAAGGGUUCUAUAAGGAGCACCGUGCCCCCAGACGAGAACCCCGAGGUGUUCAACGAACACAAACUGAAGUACAAGUUGUGCCGCGUGGCCGUCGACGCCAUCGAUUUCUGGCUCGUCGAAUCGGGCGCCGCCCUACAAUUUUGGGUGUCGCCGAUACGCCUGGCGAGCUGCAACCUGCACGGCAAACAAGUCAGUUCCGGCCUGAGCUGCAUCAUCUACAGCAUGUCGCUGAGGCAGCUGCUGUGGCAUCCCCACAAGUACAACCACUCCAAGGUGAACAUGGACAACACCGACUUCUGGCUGGAGGUGGGCGCCGUCAAUUUCGGCCCGCUCAUCGUAGAGUCCGCAAUAUCGCCCGACACGAAGGACCCGAACCUGCACGCCCUCCAGCAGAAGUUCCUGAAGAUGCACGACGACAAGCUGAGGAAACUGUGGUUCCUGUGGCCGGAAAUGAACAAAACGACGGGGAAGUGCGGCUGUACCGGUGGCUGCGUCUUUUUCGGCAGCAACAAGAACGGCACCAGGUUUUUCAAACCCAGCAAGAAGGACCUGGAGGAGGGGGUGAACAUCGCGGCGUUCCGAAUAAAUGAAGCGGGAAGAGACCCGGGCUUCGGGCAGAGCGUUCUACACGAGGGCAUGUUGAUUUUCCGCACGCCUCCGUACAUCGUGAACGAAAUCACCCUCCAGGACACCCUAACCAGGUCCAAACCCUCCAAAAAGGUCUGCGAGAGCCCCAAGGUGGUUCCCUUGGAACGAGACAUAUCUUUGGACAAGGAGCCCCACGUUUACACCAGUCCCAACGGGCUCGGUGACAGAAAAGUCAGCAGGAGGUUCUCUUCGACCUCGAUUAAAAGUUCCCUGAUGAAGGAAGUGCCGUACUCAAGGCUGAUCGAAACGAGCCCGGCGAACCUGCCGGCGAAGCUGGACAGCGACUCGAAACUGCAGUGCGAGAAGAGUAAACUAGCAGUAAGUGGUAAAGGUUCAGAGCCUCUGCCUAAAAAUAGCGUUUCAGAUUCAAAAUUAGCUGUAGAUUAUUUUAACGCACCAAUCGUAGACGUCAAGGAGCCAUACGCUUUAACGCAGAGUGGCCCCAGCAGCGAUAUGUCGACGUCGCCACAGCCGACCCUGAAAGGCUUCAACGUUUCCGAGUCGCACCAUUCCCUAGGCGGGAGGAUCAGUUCCGACGAGAAGCUACAGAAGGAGGUGCAACGCACCACCUCCAUGUCCAGCGAGAACCAUUCCGAAGCCUUCUACUCCGCCGACGAGGACAUGAACUUGAAUUCGAGGAGUUCCAGCCUUAGGAACUCGAUUCUAAGCUCGGGAGACACGUUCGUGAAGCAAGACAGCAGCAGCGUUCCGCCCCAAAGGAAGAAAUUUUCAAGUGAGCUGAGCAUCGUGACGGACCGGAACGGCGUGCACCCUUACAGGGGCCUGGGGCCUUUACCGGCGCCCAGUUCCGCGCCUGAGACUCACAUAACGCGACUAUCGUCGCACAGGAGCGAUCACGAGAUACACACGCCCGAGCACAGGAGUUUCACGGUGGGUAAACCGUCGGACGACCAGCAACGCACCGUUCAGGGCCUCGUGACGCCGCACCGUUACCAUCCGGCACGUUCCGUCAGCCCGAAAAUAAUACCGAGCACGCCCACGGCGGCCGAGCUUAAUAUUAACCACGAAAGCAGCGUCUUGAACGAUACUCUGGACGACUCGUCCGACAGUUACAGUAACACGAGCUAUGUUUCGGCCGUCGGCAGCCAAGAGGACUUCACGUUGGUCGACUUGCACAUGCAGGUGAACAGACUGAUCGUCGAUUCCCCGAUGUUGAUGUCCAGCUACGUCACGCACCUCAGUCAGGUCAGGUGCAACAAUUGGGGCAGCAUGGGGCAGGGCGACCAGUUUUCGCAGCCCUUGUUCGAGAAGAACCAGGAGGACAAGCUGGUUUACGUCGGAGCCAGGUUUGUGCCUCAUACGGAAACGCUCGUCGACGGGAUAACUUCUCUUAAAAUGGUAUCGAAAUCGGACGCGAUGGGCAACAACAAGACGCCUACUUCUCCAUACAUGUACGUUUGGGACCAGGAGGACGUUGAGAAUGAGUCCGGGUCUUUUCAAGAGGAGGAACUGUUGAGCGGACAGAGCGAGGCUGGGUCUAGGACUAUCGUGAUUGUGAAACUUAAGGGUGAUUUGGACGUUAUGAUCAGCCCGUUACUCCUGGAAACCCUACAAAGAUUCGUCGAUGCUUUAACGCCAACCGUGGCAAAUCUCCACCCGUUAACCGUCAUAAACCACAUCCACACCUCCUGCAUUGGGCAAAUCGAAUCGGCAAACAUACUGAAAACCACGGAAAACGUUGCUAAGCUGUGCCAGGCGCCUACCGCAGACGGUAAAGUCAAGGACAUCGGAAUCUACGAGGAAACGGUAAAAACCCAACUGCAAGCGGCCAUAUUUCUCCCGAAAGUUAACGUCACUCUCCUCCAAGUAUCGAUCGUGGAAGAAAUCAUCUCCUUCUCGGCGUUGGACAACAUCAAAGACCUAACUUGCGUGUCGCUGUUUUCCGUUUGCUUCGAUAACGUCACGGCUAAGCUGCACUGCGACAAACAAGCGAAAGAAGUCCUACAGAAAUUCCUACGUCCGGCGGUCGUUCGUAGCGGCAGCAAGAAGGGGGGCAACAAGGCCAAGCUGCUGCUCGGUCUCCAGACCAACACCAACUCGGACGUGAUACAGGGCGAGCCCGUCUUCAUAGAAAGUUGCGAGAAACAGCAGCAGCAGCUCGUCAUCUGCUUGAACAUAGGCAAGGCGCACGCCCAGUUGAGACGGCUGAGGAACGAGAGCUCGCUCUUGGACGACGCCGUCAUAACCGCCAUCCCCACGUAUAAAUCCAAGGUGUUGUUCACCCCCACGAAGGUCAAAACGUUGCACAGGGGCGUCGAGUACUAUUUGCAGCCCUCGUCGAGCGACAAUAACGUUUCGCAAAGCGACGAGAUAAGCAGCGAGGAUAAGCUGGGCUUUAUAAUGUUUGAGUGCGGCCUGGAAGGCAUAACGUUGAAGGUGGUGAAAAAGUCCCAGUUCGAGCACGUGGAAUGCGAAGUCGCCACCGAUAGCACCCUCUCGGACAUCAUAAAGUCACACGAGAACCUGGAGAACUCGGAAACGGCGCAAUCGGCACACGCCACGCCUAAAAUGGCCUAUGCGAGGCCUCAGUCCAAGUCGGGUACGAAUCAAACUCCGAAAUUGGGCGAGAGGGAUAAAAAACCGAACGUAGACGAGGAGAACUCCAAACGGGACGCCGAGGGCGCGGCUAGGGAGCACGCCAUCAUCGCGAAGGAUAGCGGCAACGUCUCGUCUUGCAUUAUCGAGUUCAAGGUGGUGUGGUUCAACUUCGCAGCGCCGCCCAGGGCCCCGAUCACCCGUAAAAUUGAUUACACGAGGCUGGACUGGAACUUGUUGAGUACGGCAUCGCCGGCCAUCAACGCCUGGAUGAACCCCAGCAACCGCUUGGCCAUAAGGGUGGUUCACAUGGUUCGUACCAUGUACAGGAGGUCCACCGCCACGAUAGCUUGCCUUAUGGCCGAGGCGCUGGAAGGACAAAGGAUCACACUUACCAAGAGUCGUUAUGGGAAACUCACCCCGUUAGCCCGGACGUUGCAGGAAGACCCCAGUUUGCAACUGUGUUCCAUUCUUCAGAAAUACUUCUUGGAUUGUGACUCAGCGUACGUCGAAAUGAACCUCCGGGAGUCCGAGAUUCCGCAGUUGUUUACCCUGAGACAGGGGGUCAUAGUUUUGAGCAGGCAGUGGAAGAACACGCUGUACACGCCGCUGAUGCCGCCACACACCGGCAAAUCGAGGAUAAAACCAGUGAAUGUAACUAUCACCGUACCAGACAUCCAAGAGGAAGCGUGCAUGACGGACGGUGAGGCGAGCGGUAACGAGGAACCCGACAUUACCGACGAACAUGCGCGGUUGCUACACGCUGGUAUCAUUCUUAAGCCAAACGCUCAUAGAAACAUGGGUAGGUUAGCACCCGUGAAAGAAAACAUUACGCUGAUGACCCACUCGCCUCGUAUGGCGAGCUUCGCCGAAUCAUCCAUCCACACGCCUCAGGUAGCCGUGGUUUCCGGGGGCGUAGAGAGCGUCCUCACAUCGCCCAGUCCGCCAGUGCCCCACCGAAAACGCAAAAAGAGCCUCCUGCCCUCGCAGCCCCCUAACAGUAGUCGUGCCAGUGUCGUUCUCCCGCUUUUAACUAACGCUAACAUAUUUAACGCCAAGCGUGCAAACGACGACAAUAUAUGUUACGGGACGUUACGGGAAGACAGGACCGUCGUUAAUUUGGGCUCGGACCCGAGCGACGUCUACAGCCAUUCCAGCGCCGAGCUGCCUUCCAGUCCUAUACAUCGUACCGUAGGCCACACCCAUUCAUCUGAAGAUCUGUAUAGUUGGAUGGCAAAGCAGGACGCCGUAACGUCUAAUUUAGAAGGAUGUCUAGAAUCCAAAAUAAACACGCUGCACACUGAAUCGUCGGGUGAGCCCGGCACCUUACCCAAAGAAAGCGUAUCCCCCACGGAAGUCCCGUUAUAUCCCAUACAGGACUCGGUGAGGCUCUUGGACGCGAACCAAAUAUUCCAGCCGCUGUUAUCCGGCUUGGGAGUUAUGCCGCAACAGCUGCGAUUCACCACCAUGUCCGAUUCGAACGCAGGCAAUGACGUUACGACUUUGGACGCACUGGGAUCAAACUUUUGCCUAGUGGGAAACAUGGAGACCAUGAGGAUCGAUAUAGUGGUGUCAGAGCACGGGAAGAUCGAAAAGAAGAAGGGAAAGAAUAAGGCGAAGAGACUGUACAUUGAUAUAAACACGGACGAAUCUCCGGCGUUUGUGUGUGAAAAAAUCGCGGUCGAACUGGAAAUUGACCGAAUGACCGACAUGGCAGUGAACGAAAUGAUGAAAACCAAAAACGUGCUGUAUAUAUCCAGGGGCCAGCUCAAAAAUCAUACCAGCACUGUCAUAAACUUUACUAUAGGCGUACGAUACAUACACCAAAGGGUUAACAUGCCGUUAUUGCGACUUUUGCAUCAGAUAAGCAACAUGUACCAAAACGUCAAGGACACUCAGAACGAGCUGAGAGAACAACAACCCGUCGAAGUUAGGCGGCCUAAGACGAGCACUAGCGAUCACAUCGACAUCAAGCACCACUCGUCAACUUCAGACAUACAGUACCCUGUAACGGACGUCUCAAAGCAGCUGACGUUGAAAAUCUCCGAUCCGGGAUCCUAUUCCUCGCAGAACAAACCGAUCAUUUCGCCCUCGCCUAGCAUCAGGUCCAGGCCUCAGAGUUUCGCUCAAAAGUUGCGCUCGACCGGUAAAAGCGUGAAAGGUUACGUUAACCUCAGCGAAGGCGGUGGAACACCCAUGACCAUGUCUAGUCCGUCGGGUUCGGCUCUGGAACAUAUAACGGUGUCCUCGGAUAAAAGUACGGGACGUUGUUGGAAAACGAUAUAUUACCUGUUGGAACUGUACGCUAACAUGCCGGAUACGAAAACUAUUAAACACAGGUUUUCUAUCGGGACGAACGAUAUUUCCGAACAUUACAAGGGUAACAGGAAGUACGAUAUCCUCACCGAAGAGAUGAAGUCCUCCGAAGAAGUGGAUAAGCGAGACAGCGCGCCGCCACUGCACCCUAUUAGGGAAGCGAGCGAAACUAGAGGCACGACGUCCAACGAGCACACGAAAUUGGUUGUUUUUGGCCUGGCGAAGAUCCACCGUACGAGACUUCUCGCGACGUUAUCAGGCUUGAAACUUGAAGCGGAAAUAACCAGCCUACACUCUAGUUUGACUUGCCGUAAAAAGUCCAUGCCGCAAGUGUUGGAAUGUUCCUUGACGGGACAAGUGGGUCGUACCAUGAUCGUUUUAUUGGAAGGCGUCGCGCCGAAUCAGCAAACCGUUGUGAAAGUCACCAUCGGUAAAUCGCAAGCAUUAUACUCAAGCGUCACUAAACGCCAGAAGGACAAAAACUCUGGUUUGUUGACAGUUGGUGCGGUGAAUAUAGACAUUCCGCAGCACCCCGUCGCCCUUCACGGGAUGGUAACCAGAGGCAGCAAACAACUGAGCUCUACAUUGCAAGAAUUGAGGGUUACGAGGACCUCGAGUCGGUUAUCUCGCGGCGUGCAGGCAGAGGAAGAACAACAAAGCUCUCCGAACCACCAAACUAGAGACAUCCCGGCGCCCACAGCUGCGGUAAGCAAAGGUACCUCCCCGGAGAAAAGUUUCCUCCAGCCGUUGGUGAUGCAGUUUUCCGUCAUACUACAGAGUUUGAGUAUAACCGCAGCGCUGCUACCGUCGCUCCAAGCCCAGUACAAGAUGGACCAAGUCAACAGCACGGGUUUCACUGGAAGCAAGGCGAAAUUCACCAUAGACCUACCCCAUCAUUCCCUGAGUUUCACCACAAAACUACCGCAAGGGUACAACCAGAACGAGAAAGCGGAAGCCAACCUGCCUUCCGAAGCAAGCAUCGCCCUUCCCGCUGUCCACGUAGCGGCGGAAUACAUUCCAGAGAACGCCGCUAGCGGCGUACGAGAAGGCGUGCACGGGCCCGAAGGCGUAGUCUUCAGACAGGGAGGAUAUUUGAACGCCAACGCUGAAAUUGGGGUCUUCGAACACAGUUUGACCACGGAUCUGCUCAACCACUUGGUGUUUGUACAGAAAGUGUUUAUGAAGGAAGUGAACGAGGUCGUGCAAAAAGUGUACGGAGGCGAGCGGCCGGUGCCCAUAUGGUUGGAAGACACCGAAGAACCUUCUACUUUGAACAGAUUACUGUUUUCUCUGGUUAUUAAAAUUCAGAGGAUACAGUUGACCGCUACGACUGCUGGUAGUUCUGCUGUCCGACUAGAAACAGGAGCGGUAGUGUUGGAAUUGUCAAACAGGGUACAGAACGUCUCCGGUUCCACGCAGAGUAACGCCACUGCCAGGCUUUUCGGAAAAGCCCAAGUCGACUUGAACUUAUCCCUAGGCCAGAUCAUUAGGAAUGCCGUUUUCGAGGAGGCGGACAUCGAGUACCAACCCGUGGCUUUCUUCAACACCAGGAUAAGCCUCCGGAAUGCUUUCCAAGAUGAAAUCGUCGAGGGCGAAGACAAAGAAGUCGUGCUGAUCACCCUGAAGAGGCCCCUGAUCUACAUCCAACCCGUUGCGGUCGACAAAGCUAUCCUCGUGUGGCUGAAUUACAAAAACGCCUACGACUACUGGAACGAGAAACGUGCCAAUUUAAACAAGGAAGUGCUCAGCGCCACUCAGCAGAUUUACGAAAAGUUCCAAUUCGGCCAGUUGACGAGUCAGCUGAGCGCGCCUCACCUCGGAACGCUGUUCCUGCAGCUCACCGUCGAAGACAUGGGUAUUUGCCUGCCGUUGAACCCGCUGCCGCUCGCCAGCUGGAGCCAGAGGAACGUUUACGAAGAAAGUCGCGGAGCUGUCGUGGUAACGUUGGAAAACACCAGCAUUUCGGCUUGCAGUUCCGGUUCGUUGGUGAGCAAAGGCAAGUUUUCUAACCUUUGCCUGCGUUUCGCGGAAGAUUUUGAGAAUUCUCUGGACGACUGGAAACCUGACAUGACCGAUUCCUCCAUAAUGAACCUCUGCGUGGUUAGCGACGGCACGUACGAAGUUUGCAGCAGAACUAUCGCCGCUAAACAACCAAACGGUAACCCGUCCCAUCCUCUUUUUCUCUUCUACAAUUUUAACUUUACAGAAAACGCGAAAUGGUUCCUCAACGUCCAGUGGCAAAUGGAAGGCGUCGACAUCCACCUCGAUACGAACGUGGGCAAGCAGCUAUCCGCUCUAGGCUAUACUUUAACCAUGCUGACGGGCGUGGAAGACAACGCAAUACCCGUCGAGUACGACAGCGACGAGAACGACCAAACCGACGGCACUAGAGCCUCCCAAGAAAGCAUUUUACCGGCGUUCAUGUACGACCCCAACCUGGACAACAGGAGCCGCUCCAAACUCAUAGAGAAGGAGAUGAACGAGCAGGCUAAGAUCAUUAACGACCUGAGGUCUCUUGGUGCUUCGCACGGGACCAUAGAAAUGGAGAUGAAACGUCUGCACGAACUCGAAACGAUGGUUUACAAAGAUUUUAGAAGGGAUAUGAUACAGAAGUUACGCAGACAGAGCAUGAGGGCGUCUUCUAUCAAAGGGAAGUUCGGUUUGGGCUCGAAAACCAACACUUUUAGGUCUAAAUCCUUCGUGGUACCGAAUCCCAUGCCCGAGGGCCGCGACAGGUCAAAGUCUUUAGUAGUAGUGCCUAGUACUAUUCAUGAAACUGGUGGAAGCCCCGAUUGUACAAAGCUUGGCACGAACACGGCAAGCAGCUACGAGAGUUCUCCUAGAUCGGGCCCGUCACGUUCCGCUUCUUUAAGGGUGAAAACGGUAGAGUCCGGUCCUAGAGUAACUUUCAGCGAUACCCAAACGAUGGGCAGGCAAAAAUCCUUGCCAAGCGCCAGCUCGGACCUGAGCCUACCGGAAACGCAGAUCGACUGGGUCGACCAGCUUGACAUAGACGGAGACAAGGUCACAUUAAGAAAGAAGCUCCCGGCUUCGUACGAGUCCGUAGAGGGGUCCCUUUUGUUGGAUUCGUUUGCUAAAGAGCAGCCCUAUGCCUCGAGUUCUUACCAAACUACGACGAAUUCUUCUGUUUCUCAGUCGACGGUAAGUCAGAAACCGACAGAGCCCAACAUCGAUUUGGAAUUGGACGUCAAGGUGUUCAUAAACAGCGGCAAGUGCGUUUUGCAUACCAAGGAUCCAGUGAGGGAGGAAGAAAUUAAAUUGAACCGCAUGCGCAAGGAUCGUAGUUGUUCCGCUGGUCUGUUAGAAUUCCCCACUUCGUCGAGUCCCGACGCUAUAAGAAAAAACAAAGAGAAGUUAACGUCGCAGAGUAGUUCUUCGAAAUUGAGAAGUACGCCUCACGGGAACUUGAUAGACUUGACCAUUUUCCACAUACCAGGGAUGGAUGUAAAGUUGCAGUAUCAAUCAAAGGUUAUAACGGACGAGGCAGCGCAGUUAUCGGAUCGUCCCGAGCCAUCGCCCGAUUUCGAGAAGGCUUUCCAGACCAAGACGGACCCGAGCCACCUAAAAAUACCCCACAGCGACUCCGAGCAGAUCAGAAUCGACAAGGCCUUCAAGAGGCAAGAAACGCACCCGAUCGACGUCAAAACUAAAUAUUUCAACGAGUACGAACUGAAAAGCUCCUCUUCCUUGCACGGCAUCACGAACCCGAACUACGGUCACAGCCCCACGUCCAGCAAGACCAGUUUGGACGAUCUGCAAUUCGGGAACCUAACGCCUCCUCACGACAGCCAAAAGACGUUCAUCGGAGUUCCUUUCAACAAGAAGACGGGCAUUAAAAAAGCCUCGCUGUUCGCCUGGGCAACGUUACAGAGCGUACCCGAGGAGACCAUCAUCAGCCCGCACAUUCUGGAGUUCCUCGAACAAACUUUAGAGCCGAUCCCCGUGAAAACUAUGAACGAAACUGAUACGUCACUUUUAUCAACAGACCAAGAGCUUACGAACUACGGGAACUACGUUUACGCCAGCUUUCCCGUCGACGUUAUCGUUUAUUUCCACAUGCAGCCCAGUACGUUUAGGUUUAGCUGUCUUCCGGUAUCCCGAGUGGAGUGUCUCUUACAGCUGCCUUCGUUGGACAUAAUUUUCAGCUCGAAACGGGCGGAAGACGAAUUAUUUUGCAGUGAAUUUGGCGACGGUACCCCAAACAGCGCGGCUACGGCGGUGGGAGGUCUCAGUGUUACCGGAUGCUUAUCCGAUUUCUCUGUGUAUAUAUUCCAUCCGUACGGGGGCAAGAAAUCUGCCUUAAAGGAGGCGCAGUGGUCUCCGCUUUCCGACAGCGAACGUAAAGAUUCGCUUUCCGUCAACGUCGAGUUCGUCAAGUUCCACUUGUCGCGAUCUAGGAUGCUGAAUUUUAAACAGGAAUCGGCAAAGGGCAAAGCGACGGACCAAAGUAGGGCCGUCAUCAGGUUUUCCACGAUCAUCGAUAUAGGUUCAGCGUCGUUCAAGUACGAUAUGAGGAGGCUAACGGAGAUUUUAGCAUUUCCGAAAGCGUGGUACAGACGUUCCAUCGUAAGGAGGAUGUUCUUGGGCGACCUCAGCAUGUCCGCGCCGUUCAACGAAGAGGAAGAAGUAAAUUCUUCACAGAACGCCUCACCCGGGUUGUCCAGAGGCCACGAAAGUUUCAGGUCGAGUAAAUCGGACAAAUCGCCGUUGCUGAGCAACAAGGAGCGUCUCAGGCUCAGCCUGGAUCCCGAAUAUUCCCGUCACGGUAAGCUGAAAGACAUAGGCAAGACGUUGAGCUCUGAUUCCACUCAGGAAGAGACGCCAAGUCCCUCGGAAUAUAAAAAUAUGACCGCUUGGGAGACCCUGGUGUUAUUCGCCGUUAACUUCAAGAAAUUGAACGUCCACAUGAACAUGGGCAACGUUAUGGGUAACGUCUCAUGGUUGACGAAAGACUUCCGUAGCGACGGCAGGCUGAGCAUUGGCUCGACCGGUCACAAGAAUUUGUACAUCGGUUUAGGCCUGGGCGGAUCCGGUUUGGACGCCAAGGGAGGUAUCGUCGGUGGGAAUAUAGAAAUUGCUCAAAUCGACACGUACAUACAUAUCCGGGAGGAACCGGACAUCGAACCGGAUCACACCGUUGGUUUAAGGCUGCACGCUCUAGAAUUGAGGUUAGAUUAUAUGGCGACGUCCGUUCUGAUGUGUCGCGUUAGCGAUUUGAACGUGAAUCUAAGGGACGAGUGGAGGUUAGACCGCGCGACGGCUAGAGAUACUUUCAUACCGACACGGAGGCCCGCGAGCAUCUUCAUGCACGGCGUUCUGAACUGGGACCAGUUGCAGAUGAUGAUUUCCAAGUCGACGACUGCGGAUUUACUGAAAAUGUUUAAUAAAUUAGAAGAAUUUUUCUCGCAGCAGUUCAACAGCAGCAAGAGGGCUUUCAGCGGUUUCGCGGGGUCCUCCAGACCCCCGCGGGUAGCGUCGCAAAAAAUGGCUCGCGAAUCGGCGCCCGUGAUUUCCCAUGCGGGCAACACCAACGACGCCAGACACCACCGCCACUGGCAGAAGGUCCUGGGUUACGUGGCAGGUCUCCAGCUCAGCACGAUGCACGUGCCGCUUCCUCCGUUCGGGACCGUUUUGGGUGGGACGAUGGAGCUACGCGGAAAUAAUAUAUCGUUGGCGUGCUUCCACGGCAUCAAUUUCAAGAGCAAGUCCUGGGCGCUGUUCAGUCUGAAGGAGCCCUGCAUUAAUUUCAACACGGAGAGCCAAGAGAUACCUUCCACUUCGGCCGCUGAAGAGGCUCCAAAGCAAGACGUUCACAUAGUCCAAACCCUGACCUGCAGCCUAGGCCUGAGCACCUACAAAACGCACCUCUCCAUGGCGACGGUUUGCAAGGUAUCGAGAAGCGUCAUAUUUCCUCCCCAGUUCAAGACGUUGCAGGAAUGGUUCCAUUACGCCUUCGCCAACAGCCAAAUCGACGAGGUCGACAGGUUCCCGUCCCUGGAACGGGAACGGCAAGACGGCAGCAACUCCAUAGAGAGAACGAGGAGCAGCACGUCGUCCCCGAAACUGGGCGACCCGAACCACAACAGGGAAGUCAUCUUCGCCGUGCCGAGCUUGCAGCUGCACCUGAAAACGGAACAUCUGCAGACCGCCGACGUUCCCGAUCUCUCCGACGAGAAGCCGUGCGUGGAAUGCAGUUUUAUCACCGAUUUCGAGGAUCACAUUUUUGUCACCGUCGACGCGGAAGCCUUCUUCUUCCUGCACGACCUCAUCACGUCUUACGUCAAAGAAAAAGAACGAGUGCUCGGCGGGCUGGACAAGCGUUCCAACUCGGACACGGACAGGCCCAAGCCCACGUUCAGCGAAACGUCCUCCAAGAAGGGCUCCAUCGACGUGGACAUCUUCGCCAAGGACUGGCGCAACUACAACUGCAAGACGUGGCACUUGGAGCCGACGGUGCGCCUGCUGAGCGUGGCCGGGAAAUAUAUAGAGCCGUACGGGAUAGACUACAUCCUGCAGAAGCUCGGUUUCUCCCACGCCAGGACGACGAUCCCCAAGUGGAUGCAGAGGGGGUUCAUGGAUCCCUUGGACGCCAUCCUGGCGGUGCUGACCUUGCGGAUGGUGCACGUCGUGAAAGGGGACGGGAAUAAGGAUAAGGAGAAGGCUGUGGAAGCUAAAAAGUGAGGGAAGAUCCUUGGUGUGGAGGUGUGCAGGAAGGCGUGGAUACUCGUCGUUUCGUGUUACCAAAAAAGUAGCUUGUAGACGGUAGAUAUUUAUUGUAGCGGGUAGAAUCGAUAUAGGUUUUGAAUUUGGUUCGGAGAUAUUUUUUUAAAGUCGUUUAACUCAUGUUUCGUUAAGGAUUUUAAGGCAAACAGAAAAUGUAGUGUUGUAUUGUAACGUUCGCUUAUUCCCAUCUCUGUCGACUGAUUUUAUGUUAUUGUUUACUAUUUACGAAAUAUAAUUUUAAAACUAAAA